AUGCCUCAGCUUGUCCCCUUCACCCCCGAUAUGCAGCGAGGGCAAGGUUUCAACACCUUCCUUCAAGAGCCCUGUGUCAGAGGUGCUGUCACAGUAACUUCCAGUGGCUUUGAAUGCAAACAAUUCAAGGCCGAUUAUGAGUCUAGUCUGAUUGAAAGCUAUGAAAAAUUGGUGCAGUCCUUAGAUAUCAGCGCUGGUGCUGCUGUCAGUGGAUGGGGCCAGAGUGCCAAAGUCGAUGCUAAAUAUUUGGACCGUACUGAGUUCGAAAAUAGUACUCCGACCUACCAGGUUAGAGUCAGUGUGCAGCAGCAAGGCUCAGUAGAUAACGUCUACAACUUCAAUAAGCUUAACAGUGGUAACCUUGCAAGCACAUAUGGAGACAGAUUCAUCGCUGAUUUUAUCCGAGGUGGAUUAUUCCUAGCUAGGGUAUCAAUUACCGUCAAAAAUACAUCUAGCAAGAAAGAAAUAUCCGAGGCUGCCGAAGUUGCCUUCAAUGCUUAUGGUGCAGAAGGGAAAGUGACCGAAGAUGUCAAGUCCGCAGUCGAAAAGAUACAAAAGAAUUCACAUGUCAGCAUUAAGAUUCAUGAGAUGACCGGUACUCAGUCUGAGGGUGGUCCUACUACCAAAACCGAAGCAGCAGGCUCAGACCUCCUUGCAGUGAAGGCCCGAGCAGAUAAAUUCUACGACGAUGCUCACGCUGGAAAGCAUACCCAUAUACGUUUUGCGAUGCUCAGUCAAUACACCCGUCUGCCGGAUUUUGACCAAUCUUGGUUUGUCCCUCUGGAUUACUCGAAAGCGAAUCUUCUAAGCUGGAGCCUCUUGGAUGAUUUCACAAAGUACUUGGCGACUGAGAAGAUUGUCAAACAAAUUCCUCUUGAAAAAUUCAAGCAAGGUUUGCUACAGAAGCAAGAACUUGAACGUCAACGAAUCGAAGAGGUCGACAAGAUUAAACAGAGGGCGCUCGAUAUUAGUAAAAAGCCGGACACUGCUACUGCUCCACCAACACAUACACGCCCAGAAACUUUCAGGUUCCAAGUUUAUGAGGCCAUCAAGACAGUUAUAUAUAUCGUUCAGAGUAUUCCCAAGCCAGAUGAUAACUGGACCGAUACAAUCGAUAAGUAUUUAGCUUCAGGAGCUAAGCAGAGAUUCAAAAUCCAGGUAUACGAUUUUGAUCAAGUUCUUGGCACCACUGUUGUUUCUUUUGGCAAACAUCGAAGAAGCGAUGAAUACCAUUGUCUUAUCGGCGAACGUUUACAGAACUACAACGAUUGGAAGGAAGAGAGUCAUUUUUGGGUCUUUCCCGAGGCUAUCCAUGGAGUAGCCGAUACGGCCAUUCUUGCAUACGGCACAAGAGCGAAGAGAUAUCUCCGCCUGCAGGAGGGCGAUCCCAGUGAUUUGAGCCAGGUCAGCGGAAGGCCGUUUUUCUACUUUCAUACAGCGUUCGACCCUGCGGCGGGGUCCUAUUGA